AGACAAACUACAACUCCCAGGACAGCCCGAGAACUCAAGAGGGCGAAAGGAAUGACGAAGUUCUCACAGAGAGGGGCGUGGUCAUAAUUUAGGGGCGUGGCCAGGUGGGCAAGAGGAAGUUACCUGUUGAAUCGCUCUAUCCAUUCUCUUGCACCCUUGCAGCCACCCCUAAGAGGCAGACCAUAAACCUCUUCCGAAAAGAGGUGAGAGGAGGUAGGCAAAGGGAGUCGCCGGGCGGCGGCAGAGACUGGCUAUUGCACACCCCCACCCCCGUAGGAGGGAGACAACAGCUACUUUUCACCUGCUGAGUCAGAUGAGCCAGUCCUUGGGGCCUGGGACCUGCAUGAGAGAAAAGGGCAAAGACUGAGAGGUAUUUAUUUGUUCCUUUUGAAGACUAAAUUCAGAGCCCCUCAUCUGCAGACCCAGUUGUGGACUGUCUGGGGCAGUCGCUUGGCCUAGGAAAGAGGGGGAUCGAGGGCGAUUUUUCGGCCGUCUCGGCAGCCCCCUGUCCGUGUUUUGCCUAGUCAAAAUCGAUAGAGCCACAUGGCUUCCGCUGUCUGGGGGGGUGCCCCCUGGUGGGGCCCGCCACCCCCGGCCCCAGCCCGGCCGCUCACGGACAUAGACUUCUGCUCUGGAGCGCAACUUCAGGAACUGACCCAGUUAAUCCAGGAGCUGGGCGUGCAGGAGAGCUGGAGUAACGGGCCCAAGCCGGGGCCGGACCUCCUCCAGGCCAAGGACUUUGUCUUCUCUUUACUCAGUCUCAUUCACCGCCGGGACCCCCGCUUUCCUCCCCAGGCAGAACUCUUGCUGCUUCGCGGCGGGAUUCGCGAGGGUUCCCUGGACCUGGGGUCUGCACCCCUGGGUCCCUACGCCCGGGGACCUCACUACGACGCAGGCUUCACGCUCCUGGUGCCAGUGUUUUCGCUAGACGCCACUGGGCCGGAGCUGCAACUGGACCUGGAAUCCUGUUACGCAUGGCUCCACCUUCCAGAGCUGGUGCGCGGAGCCUCGGUCCGGGAGGAGUGGAAGGAUUGCCUGGGGCCCCCGGUCCCAGGAGGAUGUGAUUCGAUCCACCGAAACGAGAACGAAGAAAGUCCUAAGGACCAGCCAAGCUUCGCGGACCAGCUGUAUGGUUACGUCACUGAGCCUGAGCCGCAGGUGUCUUUGGAAAAAUCACCUAGUGACGUUUCAGGGCCCGAGUCGCCUCGUCGUGACGUCACGGAUCUUGGUUCUCCCGCACCCUUGAAGACACUGAGUGGUGACGUCACCAAGCCGGCUGUCCCAGGCCGGGUCCCGAAGCCGUCUGAGGCGCGGGAGGUGUGGCCCACAUUGUGUCCUGCCCAAGUGGCCGCCUGGUUCUUUGCUUCGCUGGCCGCGGUAGCUGAGGCCCUCAUCCCGGUCCCGGGUGCCCCGCGCCUUGUGCACGCAGCCCGCCACGGGGGGUUCACCACGGUCCUCCUGGCCACGCCAGGGCCCCCGCGCCGUCUUCUGCUCUUCGACCUGAUUCCAGUGGUGUCCGUGGCCGGCUGGCCUGAAGGGGCUCGGAGACACUCAUGGGCGGGCCCACUGGCCCCCGAGUCGGCCUCCUUCUACCUGGUGCCCGGAGGCGGCACUGAGCGGCCGGGCGCCUCCGGGUGGCAGCUCUGCUUCGCCCGCCAGGAGCUGGCGCUCAAGGCGCGCAUACCGGAGCCGCUGCUGCAGGCGCACGCCGCGGCCCAGGCUCUGCUGCGCCCGCUGGUGGCGGGUACCCGAGCUGCGGCGCCCUACAUGCUAAGAACAUUGCUCUACUGGGCGUGCGAGCGGCUGCCCGCGCUCUACCUGGCGAGGCCCGAGAACGCGGGCGCCUGCUGCCUCGGGCUGCUAGACGAGCUGGGCCGUGUGCUUGAGGCUGGAGCGCUGCCGCAUUAUUUUCUGAGCGGCCGGAAACUCCGUGCAGGGGACAGCGCCGCCGCCCUGCUGGAGGCAUUGACCCGGCUCCGCGGAGACCCUGCCCGGGCCCUGCGCGUCGCGGUAGAGGAAGCCAAGGCUGCUCGCAAAGGGGGCGGUUUGGCCGGCGUGGGGGGCGGGGCUCAUUAAAGACAGUGCUCCUA